CAGUCGUUUUUAGCCAGUUGGAGGCUGCAGUGGUAAAAAGUUUUUAUGUCAGUGUUAUAAGUAGACUACUUCAUCAAUCAAGGUUAGCAAUAGGAAAACGAUCAAUAUGCCCUGGAAAAGACCAGACAGCGUCCCCAAAGGGCAAGUUUGGAGCACCUUCAAAGGUCGGGAUAGGGAUGGAAAGCCUGGUCUAUCGUUCCAAAUCCGCGACAUGGAAGACGAGUACAAGGAGCAAUGCCUGGAUCUGAUGCAGGAGACGUUCAUGAGGGAUGAACCGCUCUGCAAGAUAUUGGACAUCAAGUCAGACCCAACAUCAAUAAGAACAAUCCGGGACAACUGGGAGGCGUACAUGUCGCAAGGAGUCAGCCUGGCGUGCUUCACGGAGGAGGACGGAAAGCCCGGCACUCUGGUGGGGUUCAAUAUUGUGCUGGUUAAGAGUAAGGACGACUCUGAAGAGGAUAUGGAGAACGUAAAAGGAGAGACCUGGAAGAAAGUGCUCAAGACGUUAGUGGCUGCUGAGGACCUGGUAAACGUGUUUGACCACUACGGGGUGGACAAGUUUCUGACGUCGAGCGGGCUAACGGUACUGCCGGAGUUUAGAGGGCAGAACAUUGGUGCAAAGAUAUUUGAUGCCAGAGAGCCUCUCUGCAAAGCCCUCGGGAUCAAGGCUACAGCCACAGUCUUCACAGCCAUAACCUCUCAAGUUCUAGCAGCCAAGUGCGGGUAUGAGGUCCUGGCCGAACUGCCCUACUCCGCCAUGAUGGAGAAGGGGGUAGACCUGACCAACUGCGAAUGCAAGUCUGCUAAGCUGAUGGGCAGGAAGUUCACGUAGUUUUUAUUUAUACGGAUAAAGGAAGAAGCACACUUAUCAACCCGAAAACGGAUUGUAACCGUAUCAGCUCGAGGCGGUCAGCAUUCCUUGUAUGAAACUCCGUACUGCAACGCACGCUUUUCCGCACCGUGACGUAGGUACUCGUAAAUACUUCGCCUUGCGGCGAAAGGAAAUGCCGUGUUGAUCCCUUUCCGGGCUGAUAAGUGUGCUAUGACCUUUAGAAACCCCGUAGAUUACAGACUUUUAGUAGACCGGUAAUUGGGUAGGCUUCCAAUUUGUAUGAGGAGUCGGCCGAUACCAAAUCGGUGUAGUGUGCGCACUUCCAUACAUGUCCAAGUCCAUACUGAUUAACUUUUUGGAACCGUUAUGAAAAGAAUAUUGGUAAACUUGUCGACAAGUGUAUUCGCUGAAAUUCAGCAUCGUUGUAUCAAUGCAAGUAGCAUUCUAACUGUAAUACUUAAUGUAUGGGCAGGUCCCUUUCCCACUGGGAAAUUUUAUUUUUGCUUUAAGAAAAAAUGCUUACGGGCCUCAGGGGACAACCCGAUCGAGGUAACUGCGCACCUGGCAGCCGUGACGUCAUAUUGAUGCUACGGUAUGAGAGUCGCAUUCCAGCGAAGUGUGCAUUUAUCUCAAUCGUGUUGUACCCCGUAGGUAAAAGUUGGCUUUGUGUAUAGAGAUGUAUGUUGUGUACUUAUCUUAAACUUAUAUAUCGACACCAAAAAAUGCACCAUUUUCUAUGCAUAAGACAUAAGACUUAGUAACUUUUCGGUAUUAGCUAUAUGUAUAUUUUAAAGUUAAACAUUUUAUUUGAAACAAGCAUUUUUUUAAAAGCCUCAUUAUCGCUUGUAGACAAACUAACAUUCGAUUUCGAUUAGAAAUAGUGUAAAAAAGUUAUUAUGCGCAUUUAAUGGUUAAAUAGUGAACUGUUUACACAAAUAUACAAUAAUAUA